AUGCCUCCCAAGUUCGACCCCAAUGAGGUGAAGGUCAUCACCCUCCUCGCUACCGGAGGUGAGGUCGGUGCCUCGUCGGCUCUUGCGCCCAAGAUCGGUCCUCUGGGUCUGUCUCCCAAGAAGAUCGGAGAAGAUAUCGCAAAGGCCACUGGUGACUGGAAGGGCCUCCGUGUUACCGUCAAGCUUACGAUCCAGAACCGUCAAGCCGCCGUCUCCGUUGUCCCCACCGCUUCGACACUUGUCAUCAAGGCACUCAAGGAGCCGCCCCGUGACCGCAAGAAGGAGAAGAACAUCAAGCACAGCAAGUCGAUACCACUAGAUGAGAUUAUUGAAAUUGCACGAACGAUGCGAUUCAAGUCUUUCUCCAAGGACCUUAAGGGUGUUGUCAAGGAGGUUCUAGGAACCGCUUACAGUGUGGGCUGCCAGGUUGACGGUAGAAGCCCGAAGGCCGUCAGUGACGACAUUGGAAGUGGAGCGAUUGAUAUUCCGGAAGAGUAG